AGUGGUGCCUCCUCCUUGGCAUUGGCUCACCUCCUCUGACCAACAAAUCUCCAAUCCGAGCAGCACCCAUUCCCAAAUCCCAAGCAUCAUCCCUUUUUCCCUCCUGCAAAGAGGGAUACUAUUCAGCUCAUCAGGCGCUCAGCUCAUCCCAGCUCCACCACCAAGAAUAAGAUCUGAAGCAGCCAGGCAGGAGCUGGUGCCAGCUCUGCAGUCAAGCAGGCUCUCCCGCUCGCAAGCAGCCAGCGGUCAAGCCGGUCAGCAGCCAUGAGUACCAUGAAGUUUUGCCGUGAAUGCAACAACAUCCUGUACCCCAAGGAGGACAGGGAGCAGAAGGUGCUCCUCUACGCCUGCCGGAACUGCGACCACCAGGAGGUUGCGGACAACAACUGCGUGUACCGGAACGUGGUGCACCACAGCGCCGGCGAGUUCACCCAGGUGCUCCAGGACGUGGCCGGCGACCCCACGCUGCCCCGCACCAAGGACGUGCGCUGCGCCGUUUGCGGCCACGGCGAGGCCGUCUUCUUCCAGGCCACUGCGAGGGGUGAGGAGGGGAUGACGCUCUUCUUCGUCUGCUGCAACCCCAGCUGCGGCCACCGCUGGAGGGAGUGAAGAGCUGAUAAUAAACAGAGCAAAAGGAUCCCUCUGCUGCAAUAGCCAGAGCCCAGAGGGGCAUGAUUUUUGAAAUUUCCACCCAAGAAACCUGCCCAUGGUACCAUGAACUGAUUGUAUCUUACAAGUACAUUAAUAACUUCAGGAGGGAGAUAAUCAGGUGAACCACUAGGAAUCUAGGAUAAAUUUCCCUGUGGUUCUUUUGCAUCAAAGAAAGGAUGAAAUGAGGGCAAUUUGGAUUUUGGUCUCUGCUUUUGAUUUCUUCUGCUGUUUUGUAAGCAACAAUGGUCUCAAGUUUCUCCCGCUCAAGCAAAUUAAUCAUGAACUGAAAAUUGGUUACAAA